GACUUGUAAAUCCGAAAGUCCUGAAAAUACUGAUGAGCUAAUAUUUGGGUAAAUUAUGAGAUUUUAUUUCGUUGGUGAAUAGGAAUAUGGCGAAAAGCGAAGGCGGAGUUUUUCACAUUGUCAAAGACUUGUUAAACCAUGACUACCGCGGUGUGAAUAUAGCGGUUUAUGCCUUGGCCACUGCUGGAUUGGCCGUAGCUGUGCAUAAGAUUCGUCCAGUUAGCAAGUUCUCGGUCGCAAGUAAAGUACCGGACCACUUCGUAAAGCAACAUGAACCUCUCCGGGGAGAGUUUGCCGGCGUGCAACAUAGUCCAGUACGGAUUCUAGUCAACCACUGGGCACCAAUUUACUUACCAUUUUGGCAUUCCAGUAAACCCCCUCUACCAGUCAAGCUUUGGGGUGUUGAUGUGGCAAGCAGUAAUGCUGUUAAUUGGCUGGAGUGUGUAGCUAAGGGAAAGCAAGUCACCCUGAAGCCUAUUUCAAAGGAGAACAAUGAACUUAUCUCCACUGUACUUUUGCAUUUACAAGACACAAAGACUAAAAAUGUGGAAAUAUUAGACAUUGGGAAGACAUUAGUUCAACUUGGAUUUGCUAAAGCGUCAGUCCCUCAGAAAGUUCAGAAAGAUACUGUGGAGUCAUCUCUAGCCCCAGUGCUGUUGUCAGCUGAAACCCAUGCUAAGGCUUACAGAAACGGAAUUUGGUCAGACCAACUCCCACCACUUCCUAAAUAUGUGAUAUACUGGAGGAAAGGGUCACAAAUCACAAAGGAGAUGCUUGUUGUACUAAUUGAGAAAAUGUUACUUCUUUUAGCAUACAUGUCUAGAAGUGCCUUAGUGGGAGCUAAAAAACUUGCUCUCCGCCCUUUUAGAGCCAGCCCUAAACAAAUACAGGCUGCUACAUAACAAAGCAUUUAAAAUACAAAAAUUGUUACCUAAUUAUAAAUUCAGUUGAGAGAUGUAUUAAAGACAAUACCAGAUACUGUUCCAUACAUUAAUAUAUGUAAUGUACAAAGGUGAUUUAAAUAUAAAUUUAUCUAGUGCUCUAAUUAAUAAUACUUUCAACUUGAAUUUCUUUCCAGAAGUUCUGUAUCUAUUACAAAGAAAGAAUAAUCAAUAAGUGGCAUUAAAGUAAGUUUUAGCAUUUAAAAAUAUCUCUGCAAUUUCGAUUAAAAGGAAAUUGUUUUAAGUAAAAAACAUAUGCCAAAUAUAUUAUAGAUAAUGUAUAAAUAGUGCAAUGUACAGAAUCUGGAAAAGUUUUGGUCGUUUAUAUUACUUCUACAUAAAACUAGCAGAAGUAACACAAUCUCUUUGUACAUUAGAUUUCCCUUUGGGGCAACUAUCUGGUAUAGUUAUUCUGGCAUUGUAAUUGUUAUUAACUAGGUACAGUGUAAUUUGUUGAUUUUCUUCUAUAUUUUAUAACGCAUAACGCACUGUUGUACAUAUUAUUAAUACAAAAUUUUGUAA